AUGCAGGGUUAGAACUCUAAACCGAAAAAUUUGAGCUUUUCAGCAAAUAAUCUGAGUUUCAAACAAGAAGAAGAAGCAGGUUUUGACUCAGACUAAGAAGAGACAAAACGUCAAAUGAGAGGUCCUUAGAAAAAUAAGACUAUGGCUAUGACUUCAAAAAAGAUGACAGAUAUGAGUGAGAUCGAAUCACCUAAGUUGAAAAAGAACAAUACCGAUCAUGAAAAUGUUGCCUCGUCUCACGUUGUUGGAUAAAGCAAGAGCCUAAAAAAAGAGUCUAAGACUAUUCAUAUCAUAAAGUAGACGUUGUAAAGACAGUUAAUGCAAGAGCACCCAUAGAAAUUAAAUGAUAAUACAGAUCAGGAUCAGACUCUUGAAUAACUUUAAAAACUUAUGGUUGAAUUCUAAGCAGGGGAUGUUCAGAUUAAAGAGAGAGAAGAAAUGCAAUAAAUGGCGGAAGGUAUCAAGUAGCAGAGAAACAAAUAUAAAUAGGAAGCCACUGGCAAAGAAUCUGCAAAGAAAAUUGAGUAUCUAAUCGCAAGAAAUAUCAAAUCCAAUUUGGAGGAUAUUCAAAAAUAAGAAACGUUCAUCCAAAAGAAGAGGUACUUAAACAAAAGGACCAAGGAGAUAGUAAAAAUAGUACCUGAGUUCAUGGUUAGCUUUAAUGAUACUAGAAGAACCAGAUGGGAUGUCUUUGUAAUCAUUUUAACAAUUUACAACUGCUUUUACAUACCAUUUGAAAUAUCCUUUACUCCUCCAGUCAACUAUGUUAUUGAAGUCAUUAAUUCACUUAUCGAUCUGAUUUUCUAUAUUGAUAUCAUUCUAAACUUGAGAACAACAUUUAUGACUUAAGAAGGAGAAGAGGUAAUGGACAAGAAACUUAUAGCUCGUAAAUAUAUGCUCCACGGAACAUUCUUUGUUGAUGUUUUGUCUAUCUUACCAUUGAAUGCUUUGAUACCGUUUGUUAGAGUUUGCUAAUUAACCUUUCUACUCAUUUUUUAUUUCCAUCUUUGUACAUGUCUGUGGUUCUUUGAAGCUAGAUUCUAUGAAAUUUGGAUUCCUGCUAUUGAAUUCGGCACAUUGCAGACUGAUGUUUUUGUUGCCGAUUUAGAAAAGCAAUACUUUACAACUAUGCAUUAUUCUGUCCUCCUGCUAACUGGUAAUGAAAUGGGCCCAAGAACUGACUUUGAAAAUUUUCUCUGUGCUUUAUACAUCCUUUGUGGAGCACUGAUAAGUGCAAAUAUCUUCGGAGAAAUGGCUGUUCUAGUUUAAAUGAUAAAAAGAAAAAAUCAGCAAUUUUAGGAAUAGAUUGAUAGUGCAAACACUGCAAUGAAGAACAUUAGAUUGCCUCCUGAUCUAUCAACAGAAAUUAGAGAUUAUCUCGUGUCUACCCAAAGCACACUAGAUCAGCAAUAAGAAUUGGAUAAAUUCUUAGGAUUAAUUAGUCCCUCUCUAAAGCUCAAAGUCAGCUGGUAGAUAUUCGAGAAAGUUAUUAGAAAGAACCCAGUUUUCAGCAAAAUCAAAAUCGGAGAUCAAGGUCCAUUAGCUAAUCCAGACCCAAGAAACGAUUAAAUUAACAAUGGUUAGGGUACUGAUCUUGUAUCAAUUGUCGUCAGAAAACUGUAGAUUUAGCUGAACGGCCCUGAAGAUAUUAUUAUCAAGCAAGGAGAUUUCAGUCAGGAUAUCUAUUUCAUUGCUAAGGGUGAUAACUAUGUUACAAUAAAGGAUACUUAAAAGAAAGAGUAUCGCAACUUCGCUCAACUCACAGAAGGAGAUCAUUUUGGAGAAAUAAGCAUGAUUUACGGUUGUCCUAGAACAGCAUCUAUCAUGUCAAAUAAUUACUGCACCUACGCUAAACUUUCACCUGACAAUUACAAGCUGCUUUUAUCUGAAAUUCCAGAAGUAGAAGAAGAAUUCAAGAGGUUUACCUACAAUUAUACAGAUAAACACAAAUUUUGGUUAUCCAAAACCAUGAGGAAUAUCCCCAUAUUCGUAGACAUUGAAGACUGGGCCUUCCAUAGACUCAUUUAUUCCUUUAAUAAAAGAGUAUUGGAUAAAGGUGCUGUUAUUUUCAAGCCACAAGAAGAAAUUCAGCAUUUAAGAAUAGUCUAGGAUGGAAUUACUCAUUUUGAGAAUAAUGAAUUUAUUAUUGAAAAAUUAAUGAGAGGAUCAUUGAUAAAUUAAAGAACAUUUGUCCUAGAAGAGACGGCGUAAGUAUAUGCAAGAGCAGCAAGAACUUCGAUCAUUCUCGAACUCUCAAUGGAAGAUGUAAACAGAGUUCUUGCAGAUUCCCCUAUUUUCGAAAAGAAAUUCCUCUCAUAUCAGCAUGUGGUAUUGAAUUCAGGAAAACAAUUUCCUAUUGACUAUAUUUUGAAGGUUCCCAAAGUCAAUAUAAUUGAUCCUAAGGCAACAACUCCAGAUAGAAUCAGAAGAAUGAUUAUAUUUAAAUUGGCUGUAAUGAGAAGAAUCCAAGAACUCAGAAUCCAAAAGUCAAAGCCAAAGCUGAGUGAUCUGUUAAAAGAGCUUAAGAAGGGAGGUCCAGUUCAAAAAAUGGAGGUAAAGAGAAAAAUCCUGGCUCUUUAUGAAUUCGACGAUGAGGAGAAAGCUAAGAAAAUGAAGGAUAAAAAGCAGGAUGAAAUCGAGGUUGAUCCUCAAGACAAGAAUGAAAAGAACAAAACUUAUCUCAAUCUAAAGAUGAAGCUAAAAAAGAUCAUAAGAGAUCUUGAGAUGCAAGAAAAAGCUCUUGAAUCUAUGAACUAGCAAAUGGUCAUUCAUGAAAAGAAGAUUCAAACAGGAGUUGUCAGUCCAAUGAAGUUGAAACACUGA